UGGAUUGGGUCAUUUCUCGUGACUGGUGGUGAAAUGGUGUGCCGGCUAGACUAGAACUGAACUGGACAGAUUAACGUUAGGUGUAUUAAAAAAAACGCUUCGAGCUAAAAGAUUACAGGUAAAACCCAAGCACUGGUUUCCACUGAACUCCAGCAGAGAAGCGACAGAAACCGCGUGAAUAUGGGGGAAGAAACUGAGAGCUCAGUGAAAAGAGAGAACCAGGACGUGAAGGAUGAAAAUACACGCGCGCCGGAGGAGGACAGCGGCGUGAAAUAUUACAAGCGCGAGGAGGUUCAAAUCCAUAACAUGAGCAAAGACACAUGGCUCAUCAUCCACGAUAAAGUUUACGAUAUCACAAGUUUCAUGGAGGAGCAUCCAGGAGGUGAAGAGGUUCUGCUGGAGCAAGCAGGCGCGGAUGCAACAGAAAGCUUUGAGGAUGUGGGUCAUUCCACAGAUGCCAGAGAGAUGCUCCAGCAGUAUUACAUCGGCGAACUUCAUAUGGAUGAUAGAAAGAAAGUGUCAAAAAAGGAAGUUUACAUCACAACUUCCAAAGACACCAGGUCAUGGACCACCUGGUUAAUUCCCACCAUAGCUGCUGUACUUGUGGGCGUCAUGUACCGUUACUACAUGUUGGAGCACAAAUCCUCCUGAACUCCAGUAAACUUUGUCACCGAUAUUUCUCUUGUCUGGAGGCCUUGACUUGUUUGAGUGAGCGAGUCAGCAGGAUCACUCUCUAAAAUCCUGCUCAUCCUCUCUUCUUUAGUUUCCACUCAACUAGCUAUUUUGGAAAAGCUCCAAAGCCCAUUGGCUCAUUUCCACUGUUUUUUGUUUUGUUUUGUUUUUUCUGCCAAAAUUCGCAGUUCUGGUUAACCUGCAGGACUUAACCUGCAGCAUUAUCUUCGUCAUGCUUUCUGUCAGCAGAUUGUCACGCUGUUUUUUUUAAAAAUGUACUUGGAAAUGACUUCAACUCCUUUAAAUUAAUCUAGAGUGUAGUUGGAAAGAUCAGGUCCUUCAGGUAUGGUCCAGCUUUUGCUAAUGGAUUUUAAUUCUCUGAUCAUUUUGACAAAUCACAUGUUCUCAGCCUUCACAUAGCUGCUAAUUUAUGUUUGUCAGUGAAUUGCUUUGGGUUUAUUACCUAAGGAUUUUGACCAAAUGGUUCAAGUGGAGUUGAAAGAUGCAUCUCUAAGAGCAGAGAAUAGCAAGAGUCAUGCUAUUAACAAGAAAUUGCUAUUUUAAAUACAACAUGGUUUAAAGGGAUAGUUUGGCCAAAAAUGAAAAUUCUGUUAUUUACUCACCCUCAUGUCUUUCCAAACCUCCAUUACUUACUUUCUUCUGUGAAAAACACAAAAUAAAGCUAUUUAUAGGAAUGUUGGUAACCAUGACCAAAUUUUAGUCACCAUUGACUUCCAUUGUAUGGAGAAGAAAGAAAAUAUAUAUAAAUAAACAUGAUGGCAGAAUUUUUGUUUUUGGGUGAACUAUCCCUAUAAGGAAAACUCGAAAAUGUUGUCAUUGUUUCAGAUGUUGUCAUAUCACUUUUGCAUGAAUGUUGUCAUUCAACAUCAGACAACUUGCAAUUUCUGAAAUGUAGCAUAGAGUUACAGUCAUACAGUGCUUUAAUGUUAUAUGUACGCUUUUUAUUACAAUGAAGAUUUCUAUAGUGUGGUACCGUACCCGUAUCUGCAAACUUGAAAUCGAUUCCAUUAUUCAGCCUUUUUGUAAUAAUGCAUUUGAGAGAUGUUUAAAUGUCUUUUUCUGAAAACAUGUUGGUGAGAACAUUAGUCUCGGGAAGUGUUUGAUACUUGAACUGUUGUACAGCUUGUAGAGUACCUGUUCAUAUAUUCAUUAUGCAUAUGCUUCUCUAAUGAAUUGUUCUUAGCUUUCGAGCACUUGCAUGUAUAUUCUAGCUCUACUGGUUUUAGCUUAAAGGGCAGGUCAUGAAAAAUCAUUAUGCAAGUGUCGCCUUUAACUUCUAAAGUAUGAGUAAACCAAAAUGUCUACUUUUGUUCGCUUCUUUUGUGUACUUCUAUUCUUAAAUCUUGCAUUUCUUUUCUAAACAAUAUUGCAUUUAAAUCAGGUAGUUUUUAAUUAAACGCAUUGAGUGAGUCAUAAUUAUGCAGUUAUAUAGUCAUAUGUUUUUAUUAUUAUUAUUAUUAUUAUUAAUUCGUAUGUAUCAUUAUUUGAUGAUAAAAACCGUUUCUCUUAGAUUUUUUUUUUUUUAGUUUCUUGCCAUGUGUUUUGUUUGUGUCAUAUUUAAAAUCAUUUUGACAUUCCUGCCCCUAGAAAUGUGCAAAUUAAUUAUUUUACUGCCAGGCUGAGUCAAUGUGUUCAGUUUUGUCUAACAAUUGAUGUUCAGAUGUUCAUGUUUGUGUGCAUUUUAUGUAUAGACAUUGAAGACAUUGUCAAGUUUUCAUUGGUUCACAUAUUAAUGUCAUUUUAAUUAUAGUGGGGAAAAUGUCUCUAGGAUCUGCUCUCUUAGUUCAACAACAGGAAAAAAUCACAGUUCAAGACCUUUAUUAUUGCUAAGGUAAAUGUCAUAUUUAAUUAGAAAUUAUAAUUUAUCUGUCAGAUUAGGAUUAUUUGUGGUAUGUCAUGGUGAAUACGACUGACUUGCUGAAUCUGUGUGUUUGUUAAAGGUUUCAAUAAAUGUUUAAAAAU